UUCCUUGACCUUUCAGCUUUUCCAGGUGGCUCCAUCAUGGAUGAAACUGUGGCUGAGUAUAUCCGCAGGACUGUGCUAAAAAUCCCGCGGGAUGAAAUCAAGAUGAUGCUGCAGAAAUGGGACUUUCUCUCUGAGGCACAGCUGCAGACUGUCAACUUCCAUCAGAUAAAGGACAACAUUUCUCAAGAAGUUGUUCAACUCUGUGAGGAAAAUUCUGCAGACAUAAAGCAAGCAGCUGUUCUAGACAUAAUUUACAACCACAUCUACCAAAACAAAAGAAUGUGGAGUGUUUACCAGAUGAAAAAAACAGGAGAAGAAUUGGAAUAUUUUGACUUAACAGAUUUCAAAAAGAAAUUUAAAAGGAGACUUCGUUCAGCCUUGAAAAAUGUCACCAUCACCUUCAGGGAAUAUGAGGAUAAUGCCAUCUGGAUUAGGGUUGCCUGGGGAACCCCCUACAGACAGCCCAACCAGUACAAGCCCAGCUAUGUCGUGUACCAUUCCCAGACUCCCUACGUCUUCAUCUCGGCCUCGGUGCUCAAGAGCAACUUGCCUCUGCUCUGCCAGGCCCUGAUUGUUGCUUCCAAUUACCAUGAGAUCCGUGAAAUGGAGCUUCGAAGUCACUCUUUAAACUCCCUUAAAGAUAUUGUGUUUAAGAGAUAUAGCCAGAACUUCCCAACUUAUUGUCCAAAACCUCUACAAGGAAAGACUGUAGAACCAGAAAGUGUGGAUUUAAGGAUAAUUCAUGAAAACAAAAGUGAGAAAGAAAGAAUCCAGAGAGUGAACCAGGAAGUUUUUGGUAAUGGUCCCCAACCAAUACUCCAAUUUGCACAAUAUAAGCUUGAGACAAUGUUUAAAAGUAGUCCUGAAAUGGAUGUUUUGGAUAAAAAAGAACCCUUCAGAUGUCUGGUCAAGUUUUCCAGUCCACAUCUUUUAGAAUCACUGAAAUCCUUGGCACCAGCAGGUAUGGCUGAUGCACCACUUUCACCACUCCUUACAUGUAUAACACAGAAAGCUAGGAAUUAUUUUAGAAUAAGAGAGAAAAAAGGGUUAUUUCCAGACAGUUUUGUAAGCCCUUAAUUUUAAACUGGUUCAUAGAGAAAAAUGUAAUUUGUUUUUUACUGCUAUUAAUCUAAAUCAUCAUAAACUUUAAAACAGACUUUAAGAAAACAACUUAGUCUUUGGUAAUACCUUAAAUUUUUUUCCAACUUAUGGCUUCUUUGAAGGGGAAGAAGGGACUCUUGGAAUAUAGAUUCCAGUAAGAAGCUUCCAUCCAGCUUCAGGGGAUAUUAACUCAGUUUCAAAGACCUCACCAAGGGCAACAGCAAAUAACAAAUACUUAAGAAGGAAAAAUCUGUCUUUGGUAUUGAUGUCUUAUGAAACUUUAUCUUGGAGGAGUACAACGAAACAGGCAAUAUUUUCUUUAGACUGUUCAAAUCAAUAUUUGAUCCUUCUGAAACCCUUGCACGUUGCCACUUUUCUGUGCUUGGGGACAAAGAUUGCAGGAUCAAGAUGGCAACAGUCACUAAUGCAAACAGCUUUGCAUUGGAGUUCUCUGGAGCUGGGAAACAUUGGGAAUGUAUAGAUAGUUGCUGCAUUGGUUUUUUGAGAUGGAUUUGAUCCCAAGAUUCAGUUCUGAGUACAAGUGUUUUCUCUUUAAUGCUGUUACCUGGGCAGUUUUGUGUGUACUUUGUGUAAUGUGGAAUUUCCAAUUCACUUUGGGUACCUCAGUGCUCAGAGGCAGCCUUAUUUUGAGAGGUUGUAUGGGCAUGUUUUUGUUUUCAAACUGUAAAUAAACGUGUAAAUUAAGUC